AUGCGCUGCUGUUGGCGAAUUCCUGUGCAUCCAAACACGGGAGCUGCGGCGAUCACCAGGUCCGAGCCUGGAAGCCUGCAACUGGAAGUGCGCUUGGCGAGUGGGGCCAGCUGCUCUGUUGUGGUGUCCCCAGAGUCGCGCGUUCGCGAUGUGAAGGCCCAGGCGCAAGAGCAGCUGAAGCGUCGCUUUCUGGCGCUGAGCUUUAGACACCAGCGCCUGGAUGUGGAAUCAGGAUUGGCUGAGCUUGGCGUGCGAGAUGGGGACAUCGUUGAUGCCAUUGUGCAGCCCAUCCAGUUGGCUUGCACCACCGGGGCCUUUGCCCUUCAUGCUACGGGAGGUUCUCUCCUGGCAUGGGGCGAUCCUGCCUAUGCCGGUGACAGCAGCCAGGUGCGGGAGCGGUUGGUGCGGGUCCAGCAGGUCCAAGCAACAUUUAGUGCUUUUGCUGCUGUCCUGAGAGACGGCUCUGUGGUGACUUGGGGCGAUCCUGACGAGAGUGGUGACAGCAGCCACGUGCAGGAGCAGUUGGUACACGUCCAGCAGAUUCAAGCAACACAUGGUGCUUUUGCUGCCAUCCUGGAUGACGGCUCUGUGGUGACUUGGGGCAUUGAUGACUACGGUGGUGACACCAGGCAGGUACAAGAGCAACUUGUGCGCGUUCGGCAAAUUCACGCAACCUGCGGUGCUUUCGCUGCCAUCCUGGACGACGGCUCUGUGGUGGCCUGGGGUGAUGAACGGGGCGGAGACAGCAGCGCGGUGCAGGAGCAGUUGGUGUGCGUCCAGAAAAUCCAAGCAAGUGCCCGUGCGUUUGCUGCCAUCCUGCACAACGGCUCUGUGGUGACUUGGGGCCCUUCUGAAUCUGGCGGUGACAGCAGCCAGGUGCAGCAGAAGCUGGUGCGGGUCCAGCACAUCCAAGCAACAAAUGGUGCUUUUGCUGCCAUCCUGGACGACGGCUCUGUGGUAGCUUGGGGCGAUCCUCACGAGGGCGGUGACACUAGCCAGCUGCGAGAGCAGUUGGUACGCGUUCGGCAGAUUCAAGCAACACAUGGUGCUUUUGCUGCCAUUCGAGAUGACGGCUCCGUGCUGAGUUGGGGCAGUCCUGACCAUGGCGGUGAUUGCAGGCGGGUGCGAGAGCAGAUGUUGCGCGUUCAUCAGAUCCAAGCAACUGAGAGUGCGCUAGCUGCCAUCCUGGAUGACGGCUCUGUAGUGACUUGGGGCGACCCUGAGCAAGGAGGCGACAGCAGCUGGGUGCAGAAGCAGCUGGCGGGGGUCCAGCAGAUCCAAGCUACUCGGAGUGCUUUUGCUGCCAUCCUGGAGGACGGCUCUGUUGUGACUUGGGGCAAUCCUUUUUCUGGGGGUGACAGUAGCCGGGUGCGACAACGGUUGGUUCGUGUGCAGCAGAUCCAAGCAACUCACGUCUCGUUUGCCGCCAUCCUGGACAAUGGCUCUGUGGUGACUUGGGGUGAUUGUUGCUCUGGAGGUGACAGUAGCAAGAUUCAGCUGGACUCAUUGUAG